CCCAAACAUAUUCAAACUUCUGUAAACCUUUGUUCAAAACUUUGACAAUGAGACACAAGUUGAAUGUUACUUCGCAGCUAAGACAGCUUGCCCACCAGAUAGUAUGAAGCUUACAAACAGGUGCCAUACAAAGAUACAUUACAGCCCUAUACAGCGUCCUCAAUCGCUAUCCAAUUUCCAACACUAGAACUUUCAAAAGCAGCGCAGCUUUCAUUCGUACGAAUUUAGCAAAGAUGGCGUCCCAACAUCUGACUCCGUAUCAGCCUUCCACGCACAGCCUCACACAAACCCCACAACUGGAGUACGAAGUGUCGCAUCAUCAGGAUUGCGGCCAGGAUAAGCUCCUCGUGAUGAAAAUCGGUACCUUCCCGACACUCCAGGACGCUCAAGACGCUGCUCAAACCCUUCUCAGGUCGGUGCUCGACUGCUACAUAUCGGAAGGGUGGAGUGGUUACUACUGCAAUGACAUCGACCUUGAGUACAAGGGUUUGAUCACAGGACUGGUCGGCGAACAAGAGUAUGAGUGCUUGAGCGAGGUCCACAUUUAUGCCAGAGAGAAGUCGUAUGUGCCGUUCCAAGGUCAACUGGAUGGUAUCGGCGAACUGUGGAAGCAGGAAUCUGGACGUGAUCCAAUUAAUGCCAGUCUAAUCUCGAACAAAAGCCACAGCGACGUCAACACACUCUCUGCAACCAACAGGCCAACCUCUUCACGCCCGACGAAUGCUUUUAUGCAGCCACAGAAGGACACCAACUCAUACGAUAGACAAACACACUCGACAAGGAGGACGGAAAGCUUCUCUCAAACUCUUCCACUGUAUCCAGAUCGUCCAAGCUCCUUUGUUCCCCGCCCAUCUGCACCGUAUGAUCAGCUCAUGAACUUCUCCACUUGGCAACAUACUCCUCCUACCAUGGAAGAGGCUGCAAAUGCCGGACACUUGCGAGGGAAUUUCAAGUCAUGCCGGCACGGUAAGCACAGACACGGUCCCAGACGAUCGAGAAGAAGACGCGGGGCUGAUGCGUCGCAGGCAAUGCUCUUGGAGGAGGUUACGACAUCGGUGAACCCUAUCUAGGUCGGAGACAUUCAUCGAUCGACUUGCUGUCGGAAAACAAGCAGUUCCAAUACACCGUUGAGGAAUACUAGGGAGAAUUUCGGUACAAGUGUAAUAGAGGUCUGUCUGGAGCGUUGAAUUUGGGCGUUAGACUUGAGGUCUUGUGGUUAAAGGGUUGUAGUAGUUGGGCGUCAAAAGAGGGGCGAUGCACAGGGUCAAGAGCAUUUACGGAACAGAGCCAAUGACUGUAUGUUUUCAAACUCUACGUCGUGGUACAUCAGGGCUCAGGGUUCCUAGUUAAGGAAGAGAACAGUGUGUCUGCUCACUGAUUGCCCCUUUGAGUUGUUGUACUAUUGGCAGUUAAAGUCACAUGGUGACGACUGUCACGGUACGCACCCAACGUCUGUGCAAGCACUAACUUCUGAGCGACUCAAAAACU